AUGAAGCUUUUUGCAGCAGCUUUAAUGCUCUUGGGCAUAGCACAUGCACAAGAUCUGAUAAAGUCACAGCCAAGCGAUGUUUGGAUCGGUUUUUCUGACACUGUCAAGGGGGAAGGAGUUUGGCAAUGGGACUGGCCGCUCUGUGUGGAUUAUACCAACUGGGAUGCAGAACUUCCAGCAACUACUACCACUGAUGGUCCAACGACUACAGCCAUGACCGCCGAGACAACCUUGAGCUGCCUGAUUCAACAACAACUGCAGCAACUGAUACAACAACUGCAGCAGCAGAUACAACAACAACUGCAGCAGCAGAUACAACAACUGCAGCAGCAGAUACAACAACAACUGCAGCAGCAGAUACAACAACAACUGCAGCAGCAGAUACAACAACAGCUGCAGCAGCAGAUACAACAACAGCUGCAGCAGCAGAUACAACAACAACUGCAGCAGCAGAUACAACAACAACUGCAGCAGCUGAUACAACAACAACAACUGCAGCAGCAGAUACAACAACAACUGCAGCAGCAGAUACAACAACAGCUGCAGCAGCAGAUACAACAACAACUGCAGCAGCAGAUACAACAACAGCUGCAGCAGCUGAUACAACAACAACAACUGCAGCAGCAGAAACAACAACAACUGCAGCAGCAGAUACAGAAACAACAACAACAACCGCAGCAGCAGAUACAACAACAACUGCAGCAGCAGAUACAACAACAACUGCAGCAGCAGAUACAACAACAACUGCAGCAGCAGAUACAACAACAACUGCAGCAGCUGAUACAACAACAACUGCAGCAGCUGAUACAACAACAACUGCAGCAGCAGAUACAACAACAACUGCAGCAGCUGAUACAACAACUGCAGCAGCAGAUACAACAACAACUGCAGCAGCAGAUACAACAACAACUGCAGCAGCAGAUACAACAACAACUGCAGCAGCUGAUACAACAACAACUGCAGCAGCAGAUACAACAACAACUGCAGCAGCUGAUACAACAACAACUGCAGCAGCUGAUACAACAACUGCAGCAGCAGAUACAACAACAACUGCAGCAGCAGAUACAACAACAGCUGCAGCAGCUGAUACAACAACAACUGCAGCAGCUGAUACAACAACAACUGAAGUAA